AGGAGCCAGACGGGAAGCCAGUUACAGACCCUAGCACCGAAGUCUACCCAGUCCGCUGUUGCCUCGGGCUUGCCAAGGCUUUGCUGUCUCAUCGGUUCUCUGUUCAGUCAAGGUCCUUUGCAGCGCCUGCCUGGUCCUGGAGGAUACGCAGGGAAAUCUCCCCAAGAGAAGGGGGCGGGAGGCCGAGCUGGGUUCCUAGUUCAAAGGACUCAAGGUGCUGUAGAGGGUAGGGCGUGAUCAAAGGAGUAGAGUGGGCAUGGUUAACAGGAAGGGCGGGACCAAGGAGCUGCUCUGAGUUCUAGGCAGAUUCUGGAGUUUCCUUUGCUCCUAGUCCUUACAGACACUUUCGAUUUCUGCUAACUGCGGUUGAGACUACUCUGGAAGCGGAGCCCUUUGCUCCUACAAAACGAUCCUCAAAUAGGUACUCCCAGGCCUAGAUACCGCUGUCCUUCAGUUAUUGUAAGGCUGCAGCCUCGACUUGUCCCUGUCUCCUUUCUGUGGACUCAGCCCUUCCAGAGACUCAGAGAGACGCGGCUCCUGAAAUCAUCCCGGGUGUGAUGGAGACCAUCAGUCCCUCAGGUGCCUUUCUCUCCAAAUUCCUUAUCUGCUUCUUCUUCUUCCUUGAGAUGUCCAUGCAAGCCUCAGGGGAUUUCUCAGUGAUUGGACCUAAUGAGCCUUUCCAGACUUCAGUGGGAGGAGAAGCAGUAUUAUCAUGUUACCUGUCUCCCUCUCAGAGUGCACAGAAUAUGGAAGUAAUCUGGUCCAAAUCCGAGAACAAAGUGCAUCUCUAUCAAAAUGGAAAUGAUAACUUUGAAGAACAGGCACCCAGUUACCAAGGAAGGACUGAGCUGGUGAAAGAUGCCAUCUCUUCAGGGAAUGUCACACUGAAGAUAUUGGAUGUGAAGCCUUCAGAUGAAGGACAAUAUAAGUGUUUUUUUAAUGAUUAUUCUCAUGCAGCAGAAGCAUUUGUGGAGCUGAAGGUUAUAGAGGCACCAACCCUGUUCCAAGCCUAUCCUGCAUGGUGGAGUGUGAUUGGCAUCCUGGCAUUGGGGCAGCUCAGCAUCCUCUUUUACUACAGCUGGAGAACCUACCAACACAGAGAGAGUUUCUUAGUCAAAUGGACCCAUAAGUUGGGAGUGAUUAUUCUGGCAAGUUUUUGGUGUUUGCUGAUGGCCUUCCUGAUUUACUACAUUGUGAAUAUGUCUGGCUGUAGAGGAAUGGAUGACCUGGAAGAGUGGAAACAGAAGGAUCAAGUGUAUUUAGCACUGCUGACAUUCCUUCCUCUGCUGCCAACAUUCCUGUUCGUGGCUGUUGAUUUCCAUGGCAAGCGCAAGGCAAGAGGGAAUGCUGAUGAAAACCAAAACCAAGACCCUCAAGAAGCCAUCAACCUGACAUCAUUACCGAAACAGCAAUAAAAAGCAGCAACAGCAGCCAGAGACUUCACGACUUGACCCUGACAUCAUCCUUUAGAAGAAGAUUUAGUUCCCUUCUCUCUCUCCAUCAUCCCAUCCUCAGCUCCCCUCACUCCUAACCGCUGACAUCCACCUUUCCCGUUAAACAAAUUUUAGCUAUCGGGGAAAUCAUAGAGUGGCUUAAUUUAAUAGGUACCGUUGCCCAAUUAUCUGUUUCUCUUGAAAUUACUCUGUGUGUGUGUGUUUUCUUCUAUAGAACCUGAAAUAACUCUUGUCUCACAUGUGGGAACCCCCCCCAAAAAAUGUUUCCACAGGUUUAAGGUACUCUGUGGGUCUGCAUAAAUGUAAAACCAUAGACUAGAAAUCCUUCCUCAUGUAUUGACUUAGUCAGCCAGAGUACAUAAUUCAAAGUGAAGGCAUUUGGUAAAAGAAUAUGUAAUAAGUGGGUAUCUAGGUGACUCAAUGGAUAGAGAGCCAGGCCUAGAGAUGGGAGGACCUGGGUUCAAAUCUGGCCUCAGACAUUUCCUGUGUGACACUAGGCAAGUCACUUAACCCCAGUCGCUUAGUCCUUACUGCUCUUCUGCCUUGGAACUGAUACUCGGUAUCAAUUUUAAAAUAGAAGGUGUUUAUAUGAAAAAAUAGUAUAUAUUAUGAAAAUUAGCAAUAUUACACACACACACACACACACACACACAUACACGCACACACAAAUACACCAUUAAUGGAAAGAGUAGCUGUGCAUAAAGAUUACACACAAAAGUUCACAAAUGGGGGAGGUAUGUGACCAGGGCAUAAAUGUUGUUCUACUUGUCCUUAAUAAUUUCAGUUAUGUUUGGCCUUAUUUAUACUGGUUGCCUCCAUUGGACAUGUGGUGACUAGUCUUCUGUCUGUUACCAGUUACUGGGCUUCAUCUCUUUAGGGCCACCUGAUGGCCAUCUUAGAUCACAUUUGCUAGGAUAGACUAACAGUUUUUCAGUCACACCCAGAAUCCAUAAGCCACUGGAGGGGAUGGUUGGGGUUAGUUCCUGCAGAUUAAGAUUGUCUUUCACUUUCAUUCCCUCUGUCUGGUGCUGAAUCAUAGUCAUUUGUACAAGAUUAGAACUUCUGGAGUUCCUUUCUGGUUUGGCAUACAAAUGAAUUUGAGAUAGUCCUAAACCUAAGAGAAGAAGGAAAUAUUGUUUUCCUCUACUCACCCUUUUUGCCUUUAUUAUAUAUACCUGUCACCAGCAAAAUCCUCUGGGUUCUUUUGUAUUUUGGCUCAUGAAAAGUUUUGCUUCUUGUUGUUUAGUUGUUUGGUCAUGUCCAGCUCUUUAUGACUCAAUGAACCAUAGUACUCCAGGCCCUUCUAUUUCCCACUGUCUCCCAAAGUCUGUCCACACUCAUGUUUGUUGCUUCCAUGUAUGCAUCCAUCCGUCUCAUCCUUUGGUGUCCCCUUUUCCUUUUGCUUUUAAUCUUUCCCAGCAUCAGGGUCUUUUCCAGUGAAUCUUAUCUUCUCAUUAUGUGGCCAAAGUUAAGCUUCAGUUUCGGUGUUGACUUUCUAAUGAACAGUCUGAGUUUCAAUAAGUUUUGGCUGAUUUGAUCUUCUUGCUGUGAAAGGGACUCUCAAAAGUCUUCAGGACCACAAUUUAAAAGCACUGACUCUGUUGUGCUCAGGUUUCCUUAUAAUCCAACUCUCAUAGUCAUGCAAUACCUCUAGAAAUCUCUGCCAUCUCAUUACAAUUUGGUUUGGAAAGCAAACUUCUUGAAGGCAAGAAUUGUGUCAUUUUUUUUAAUAUAUGUGUAUAUAUGUAUUUUUUUUACAUCUCUUAUGCCUAGGACAGUGCCUCACAGUGUAACAAAUACUUAAUAAAAGUUUAUUGAAUUAAA